UUCGGUGGGUCUAUUGUUGAAGCUGUUAACCACUGGUUGGCCAGAAUCAGUGGGGAGAUCCCAAAGAUACUAAAUGGUGUGUGGCCUAUGGUCAGUAUCAGUCAGUUUUAUGACCUGCCAUUACAAAUGACUGACGGUAAGGGAGGGCUGGAAUAUAUUCCUCUGUUUCUCUGAGGGGUGAUCAGAGAGAAGAACUGUCUUCUCUUUAGACAUCAUCAUGGAAGCUGUCCAUCGUGGCCCUGUGUCUGCUGGGAGUUUUGGGUUCAACCACAGCCAAAGCCCUGUGACCUGCACUUUUACGUGGAGAGAGACCCCACCAUGGACCCGUCCAUUGCUGAGACCACAGGAAACGCCAUCCGCAUCCUCAACAAAAACCCCAAGCGAUUCUUCCUCCUGGUGCAAGGGCCUCCAUGCCAGCAGAGGCUUGCAAGAGACGGUUGCCUUUGACAACGACGUCGCCAAGGGCCUGGAGCUGACCAAUGAGGAGGAAACUCUCACCCUGUUGACAGCUGGCCACUCCCACGCCUUCACCUUCAAUGGAUACCCCUUCAGAGGCCUAAGCAUUCUGGGGAAAUCUCCUCUGUAUGGGAAGGAUAUGCUGCCUUACACAACCGUGAUGUACGGAAACGGCCCUGGAUACAAAGUUGUAGACAACAAGCGCCCUGACAGCCAUAAAGUGGACACAAAGUGGAAGGACUACAUGCAGCUGUCUGCAGUGCCCCUGGACCUUGAGACCCAUGGUGGGGAGGACGUGGUGGUACUGGCCCACGUCCCCAUGGCCCACCUCUUCCACUGGGUCCAGGAGCAAAGUUACCUGGCCCAUGCCAUGGCUUACACUGGCUGUGUGGGAUGGGACCUCAGGCACUGUGAAGGUAGACCUCAACACACCAACAGGAUCCUCAUCACUACUACUGCUGAUGACAGGAACAGUGCACCAUCCCAGGUCCCCUCCAUCUCUCUGGUUACUGCCCUACUGGCUGCACUGCUGCAAUGAGAGACUGGUGGAGGUGGAGAAGUGGGAGGGAGAGUAAGAGAAUGAAAGUAGAAUAAAAGAGAUCCAUCUGUUCUCUUAAACAAAUACAUGUGCUUUUUAACAAUAUGAUUUUGUCAAAUGAUUGUAAAUUAUGAGAAUACUCACAUUUGUAUGUUUAUUUAAAUAAAUAAUAUUUUUGCUGCUAAUAAAAAGUAUAUGGACUAG